UGCGGCGUUUCGUGGUAUAUUGCAUGAAACAUUGAUAUUAGUUCAGUGUGAAGGUGCCGCUCGGCUUGAAUUAUGCUUUUGUCGCCUUGUGAAAGUUUUGAAACGAGCAUGGAAGACGAACUGCUUCGAGAAAUGGAAGGGAAUAGGCCGCGUUCACGGACAUGGCCGCUGCCACAGCCCGAAGAUUUCGAAGAGCAAAAAUCCCCCGAAGUCGUAGACAAAAUAUCUACACCAACGAAAACAGAGGCUGGCACGAAGAAAGGUUCUCGAAAGAAUGCUUGGGGAAAUCAGUCUUAUGCUGACUUAAUUACUCAGGCAAUACAAAGCACACCGGAUCAGCGCAUGACUUUAUCGCAAAUCUACACUUGGAUGGUGGAAAAUGUUGUCUAUUUUAAAGAUAAAGGAGACAAUACGAGCAGCGCUGGUUGGAAGAAUAGCAUCCGCCAUAACUUGUCCCUUCACAAUCGUUUCAUUCGCAUACAAAACGAAGGCAAUGGCAAAUCGUCAUGGUGGAUGGUCGAUGCUGAUGCUAAAACUGAAAAGACGAAACGGAGAAGUCGCUCUAGUUCUUUGGAUUCAGACAGUGGGCCUAAAGCUACUAAAACGAAGCGACCAGGAAGAAAGGGCAAGAGAUGUGAUCUCGGCGACGAUAAACCUCUUAGUCCCAACUCAAAGCUUCGUGUCACGCCAAAAUCACCGAUAAGCACCGAACCUUCGGUUAUUUUAGAAGACAAUUCUUUCCCUUUUCCUCCAUCCGACUAUCGAAAUCGCUCCUCGUCAAAUGCCUCAAAUGUGAGCAGUAUCAGCGGUCGUUUGUCGCCCAUUCCUUCACAUGACGAGGACAACGACAUCGAACAAGAAAUGUCCUAUUCCCCUCCUCAAGAUAAACCAACGCCAGUCGUCGUCGAUGAGUUAAUGGACAGCAUGAAAGAAAAUCUUAACAUGUCUAUUCCGUGCCCUCAGCCAACGGCUCAAGGUGAUAUUUCUGCAUACAUGGCGCAGCGAUUUAAUGACGAUUCAAUGAACAUUGAUAAUGUACAACCGGCUGCUCAACAGUUUGUUGAUAGCCGGUACCCGAGCGCCUCUAUGGACUACUUUCCGGCUACUAAUUUAAAGCAUGUUCGUUACAACACCUCGAAAAUACCGCCGCCAAAAACUCAAUACAACGACGAACUCGUUGGUAAUACUUUACAACAACAUUUGAAUAGUUUGUACAACAACAAUCAUGCAAACGUGAAUUCCGGUAAUUCCUUUCAAACAAUACCUGAACAGAGAAGCGUUUCACAGGUUAUGAUACCUCAUGAAAGAGCACCUCCUCCACCAUACGGUUUGAAUAAUUCCAUGCAUCGUCCUCAGCUGAUACACAAUCGUCCCCCACAACACAGUAGUCGCUAUCAACCGUACUAUCAGAAUGCAACACCAGAUAUUGUACCAAUGAUAAGUGUGGAGAUGGCUGAUUCACCAUUACCCGGUGAUUUUGAUAUCGAGUUUUUGGAAAGACUUGAUAGAGACAUUACUUGUGAUGUAGAGAGCGUUCUUCGAAAUGAUUCAGCAUUUAAUGAUGGCCAUUUGGACUUCAACUUGGACAACUAUGUUUCAGCUAUUUCUCUUCCAGAGAUAUCUGUCUCCAACCACAUUUCAGGAAGUAUGGUACAUUGAUUUCAUUGGUUGUUUCUGAACUCAAAGUUCUAGCCAAGCUAUUUUGAAAAGGUUUGGCAGCAGGUGAAUGCUGUCGGUCCAUUAACACAGUUAAAUAUAAUGGAUUAUAUUAUAAUGCCUGUUUUCAAUGAGAUCUUGGGAUAGUAGAAAUAGGUGAUGUUCAAUAUGAAAAUAUUGAACUGAUCCGAAAACUAACUCAGGAGAAGAGCUGUUGAACUAAUUUUAGUCCUAUUUACAUUAUGACAUCACUGGGUGAUGUCAACCAGAUUGCUCUGGUCGAACCAGGCAUUUCUGGUCCCUAAUCUUGACAACAAUGCAUGGUGUAUGACAUUAUUGAUAUUUUAUUCACAUAUAUCUGAAGGCUUGUAAAAGAAUUAAAUAUAUAUAUUAUGGCAAAUAUAUUAUGGCCCCAUUAUGUAAUCUAAGUUAAAAUACAACCUAUAUAUUUAUA